AUGGGACAACACCGAAGUGAGAGGCAGUUACUGAGGAAUCGGGCCCGCGGCUGGAAAAUCCAGGCGUACAAAAAGCAGCAAAAGUUACUCCGCCGAUUGGAGAAGGCCUCCAACUCUGUGACCUCAAUCACGGGCAUCAAGGCAUAUUUUACCGGCCAGGGAGCACCAUCAUCGGAACCAGUCCACAGUCCCACGGCCCCAAUCCAGGUCGCCCAAGAGUACCUCACUAGCCUGGGAGCGUCGUAUUCAGAGACAGCUCUCAAUCUCCUGGCCCCAAUCGAGGUCGUCAGAGGAUACGUCGCCGAACAGGGAGCGCAGUUUUCAGGACCAGCCUCCAAUCCCUCGGCUCCCAUCGAGGUUGACCAGGCGACCCCGAUUACCAACCCAGGAGGGUCAUCUUGGGGACCAAUAGUCGAGACUCCCGCUGUCCUCCAGGAACUCGAGGCCCUGCUGCAGGAGCUUGACAGACAGCCCUACGUAGCUCCAUCCCCGUUACUGAAGUUGACACCAGAGAAGAGACAAACGGUAACGGUGCGACCGAACCGCCCCCGGCUCAUCGCUCCACGCCCUGACAAGGAUAUCAGGGAAAGGGCCCUCGACGUGCCCCACACAGGCCCUUUAGCGACUUCAGGCGCACCACCUACCCGAAGACUGCCCCAGAUCCGGAGCAUCGAGACGAGACCUGCCCAGGGCCGGAUUACUCUCGUUAAGGGACCCCCGAAUGUCUCGCUACCACAGCCGGCCCCCACUACGCCGGCUCCACCUAUAAGGUCAGCGAGACACCCCGUGUCGAAGGCCCCUGCCACCGGACCUCCAGAGAACUCAGGCCAGCCGCUCGUCAGGGAGACUCCCCGGAUUGAGAAUAUCGGGGUAAGACCUACCCGGAGCUCGAUUACACCCUUCGGAGGACUUCCGAGCGUUCCACCUCCACCACCGGUUCCACGGGCAUUGACCCCGCUCGUAAGUCUAGCCGUGGAUCUAGCCCUGUCAUCCGACAGCGACGACGACAUAAUCAGGACCUUGCCGUCUUCGACCCCUAAACGGGCCCUGGAUCUGCCCAUCUUAGUGGAUGAGGAGACCGACAAAGAGAAUCGGCGACCUCGGCCCCUGUUAGGAUACACUAUCCCGAAGAAGACCGACUCCCUUCGGCCGACCAACGGUUCCUCAGCUUUCUCCCGACUUGGACCAUCACCAGCGCAUAAACAGGUUUUGGGCUUAUCCGUCUUACUGGACGACUCUGAACCCAAGUCACGAAGCAGGCCCACCGUCCAGCGAACGACCCGCUUCGCUCCCGUGCAGAAAAACGCCACAUUCGAGCGGUUAAAAAGGCUUGCCGGACGGGCCCCACCGGCGCGGUCAAGGGCGACUCAACGUCAGCCCCGUCAUUGA